GUAACAGCCAAGUAAGUGACAACAUGGAAGCCAGACUACUAGUAAGCUUCUCCCUACUCUGUCUCUUCAGUCAUCAUGUGCAGACACAGCAGUUGUCUCAAACACAGACUUUAUCGCUGGGCUUGAACAUACCAGGUAGAGGUCGGCUGAACCUCACACAAACACAGUCGAGUUCCAUAUCAUUCAGUAAUCCUUGGAACAUUCUUCUUAUGUUUGAUCGCAUUGCAGAGCCAUUGUUUGUGCCUAAAGGAAUAGACAACAGAAUUGUGUUUAACCUACCAACAAAUUAUCUGCCUUUUCGUUACCAGUCAAUAGCUUCUGAUUUAGCUAACAGAUUUGGUGGGCCAUCGGAUAAAUUAGAAAUAGAUGUGAAGUCCAUCACUCUACCUGAUCUUUCAUUCCCCAUGAGUCUUGGCCGCAAAGAGAACUUCUCUCCUCUUAUACCAUAUCAUAACAGAAUGGCAGGACGGCUGAUAGAAACAUUUAUGGGAAUGCGGACAUAUGAGGACUUUCUGUCCCUGUCAAUAUACUGUCGUGAUCGCAUGAAUCCAUAUAUGUUUGCAUACGCUUUGUCAAUUGCCAUUAUUCAUCGACCAGACACACAAAAUAUACCUCUCCCACCUCUUACUGAAGUGUUUCCAGACAGGUUCAUGGACAGUUCCAUAUUUGGACGAGCUCGUGAGGAAGCAAACAUUGUCAGCUCUGGAGAUAGGCUGCCAAUAGUAAUUCCACGAGACUACACAGCUUCUGAUCUCGAACCAGAGCACCGUGUUGCAUAUUUCCGAGAAGAUAUUGGUGUUAAUUUAUUUCACUGGCAAUGGCACCUUUACUAUCCAUUCUCUGGCUUACGAUCUAUCGUCAAUAAAAAUCGGCGGGGUGAGCUCUUCUACUACCUGCAUCAGCAGAUUAUUGCAAGGUACAACUUUGAACGACUCAGCAAUAGGCUUGCUCGCGUCAGACGUCUGUCGAACUGGCGUGAACCGGUAGAGGAGGGUUACUUCCCAAAACUUGACAAUAUUGUAGCAAGCAGAGUCUGGCCACCACGACAUGCAUUUGCCAACUUAAGAGAUAUCAACCGAGAACUUGAUCAACUUGAAUUUGACAUAGAAGAUUUGGAACGCUGGCGAGAUCGAUUUUUUGAAGCCAUUCAAAGUGGAUCUGUUGUAAAUGAAAGGAAAGAAGUAGUUGACCUUACAGAAACAGAAGGCAUUGAUGUUCUUGGUAACAUGAUGGAAGCAAGUACAUUGUCAAUAAAUCCCAGCUUUUAUGGUGAUUUGCAUAAUCUUGGACAUCUCAUGAUAGGCUAUUGCCAUGAUCCUGAUGCAAGACAUUUGGAAUCAUUUGGUGUUGUUGCUGAUCCAGCAACGAAUAUGAGGGAUCCUGUUUUCUACAGGUGGCAUGCCUUUGUAGAUGGAAUCUUUCAGAGACACAAAAGUGUUUUACCGAGAUACAACGUUCAGCAGCUCAACUUUGAUGGAGUUCGAGUUGCUGCUGUGGAAGUUACGUCACAGAAUGUAUCAAAGAAUGAAUUUCUCACAUUCUGGCAACAAAAUGAUAUAGAUCUUUCAAGAGGAUUGGAUUUUGCACCAAGAGGCUCGGUACUAGUUCGGUUCACUCAUUUGCAACAUGCACCAUUUGUCACUCGAUUUUUGGUUGAUAACAAUGGGCCUCCAAGAAUAGGUACUGUGAGAAUUUUCAUGGCACCAAAAUUUGAUGAAAGGGGUCUUCCAAUGUUGCUUCGUGACCAGAGACGCCUCUUCAUUGAAAUUGACAAGUUUUUUGUGCAAUUGAACAGUGGCCGAAGCACCUUUCAGCGUCGCUCUGAUGCAUCGUCGGUAACGAUACCAUUUGAACGGACAUUUCGCAACCUUACUGGAACUGGAUCAUCAGAGCAACAGGCACCAUACACCUACUGUGGAUGUGGGUGGCCACAACAUAUGCUGAUACCCAAGGGCCAACCUGAAGGCUACCCUGCAGAAUAUUUUGUUAUGGUGUCUGAUGGUAGUCAAGACAGGGUGGAACAAGUUGAUACAGACACUUCAGAUACUAGCUGCCUUCCAGCUCAUAGCUACUGUGGUCUGCACAAUCGCUUGUACCCAGAUCGGCGCAACAUGGGAUAUCCAUUUGACCGAAUGCCACGUGAUGGUGUAUCCACUUUACGUGAGUUCAUGACACCUAAUAUGGCCAUGAUAGAUGUGAGGAUACGACAUAUUGAUGUUGUUGUUGGGCCCCAACCUGGAAAUCAACCAGGAAUACCUUCAAAUCUUGGAUGAUCAAACAUGUCACUAAUUCCAUACUACUGCAUUUAUCAUGCAGACAUACUUAGUAUUACUGUAGACAAAAAUCUACUCAUCAAGCAGCAGCAGGCAAACACACACAUAAAAGAAGGUUAUACUUAUGCAAACUUUCGGAAUCAGUGGGCCCUUCUUCUGGUAGAAGGGUUGAAGGGGAAGGAAAAGAAGUGAAGCAAACGGACUGGAGAGGUUUAAGAAAAGGGAUAGAUUUUGGAAAAGUCACCUAGAACCACAGGACAGGGGAGACUUACCAGACAGGAUGAGAGGGAAGUCCUUUCCUUCACCCCUUUUCCUUCCACUUCAACCGUUCUGCUGGAAGAAGGAGCCACUGGCUCUGGAAGCUUGCAUAAGUAUAACCUACUUUUAUGUGUGUGUUUUCCUGCCGCCACUUGGUGGGAAGAUUAUCUAUCCAUUUACGCAUCAAAAACUGAUCAUUUUCAUUGUUAUAUUGGUGUUAACGCAGGUUUUAUAGCAUAAGUACUACAGUGUUAUGAACUGACAUUGAAUAUUAUACAAUUAUUACGUCUCACUCAUGAAUCUGUAUAUUUUCAUCUACAAUUUAUGUCUAACUGAACUCGAAUUGAGAGAUGCAUUUCUGACAGCUCAAUGCAUAUUUUCUAGUCUGUAUUUGUUGACCCAUAAGGAAAUCUAUUUAACUGUUAUAAAGGAAAUAUUAUUUAAGUUUUAAUAUUUACUCUUUUUAAUUUUUUCUUUUUUAAAUGUGUGUUAAUGUCGUGAUACAUUGGACUGUAUGAAAGUGUCAUACCAAAGAAACCAACAAAAUUGUCAUCUCCACCCAGAUGUUAUGAAUAAAUAUAUUUAUUAAAAACAA